AUGGCCUCAAUAUUUACCUACGACCCCGACCCACCGCGUGUAUCUUCACCUUGGCUCAUUGCCGAGGACGCUGCUCGCCAAUCCCAGAGAUGGAGUGGCCAGGAUGCCAGCUCAGUCUCAUCUACAUCUCCAUCACCAGCGCCUGCUCCAGCCUUGCCGUCCGACUAUGGGGUCAGCAAGCUUCAAGCUGAGCCCCAGCAAGGCCCGACAGAAUACAAACUCCACCUUCUUCUGAGGCACAGACGAGCCUAUACUUUCGUGAGCACAGCUGGUCACGCAGACGGAUCCCAGCAAAUCACGGCACCAGAGUCGCCUGCGACCAAAGCGUCCCCUGCUAUCCCGGCCGCCUCUCGUCAGGCACGGCUCCAGCAUUUGACGACUCAGCUCCUCUGGAGACUCCAACAAUCCUCCCCACACCAUGCCCCAAGCUCAAGGGAGCUGACGAUACCCCGACUGCCUGACGAUGUUGCUCCUUUCGACUCACCUGUCAAGUGCGCCAGCUUGGUUCCUGGGCUCGAGGAAUCCCGCGGGGCCCUGUAUGAAAUUGGGGUUUCCGAUGACGGCACUCUUAUGGGCCUGACGAACGACGAGAUGACCGAGAGCAUUUUUACUUUGCGCAUUAUGGCUGCCAGCCUCGGAUGCACCGUCGAUGUCGUUCGCAUGGUCAUCGUCGGCGACUGCGAAUGGGUGGAGUCGGUUGAAGCCAUGGACAGGGAGACGAAAAAACACCACAAGCAUCGGGUUCACCACGGCACCUUGUGGGUGGCUGAGGCUCUGGUGACGCCCAACCUUGGCCUGCGAUGCAGUAUUCGGCCCCGGUCUGAGCAUAGCAGUCCUGGAGACCUAACUAGCCAUGGGAUCGUCUUCAACGGCCCGGAAACCGCGACAGUGCCAAGCCGGAGGUCGGCGACGCCGCAGCUGCGCGUCACAUUGACGGGCCCAACUACAUCCGGAAAGUCCAGUCUGCUUGGCACUCUUUCCACGGGGACGCUGGACAAUGGACGAGGCAAGAGUCGUUUGAGCCUGUUGAAGCAUCGUCAUGAGCUUGUCUCAGGAGUUACCAGUUCCAUCGCACAGGAGCUCAUCGGAUACAAGGACCGGACCAUCCUCAACCUUUCACACAGAAAUAUUGAGUCGUGGAUUGACAUCCACAGCCGCGCUGAUGGUGGAAGGCUCGUCUUCGUCUCAGACUCGGGUGGGCAUCCCCGUUAUCGUCGAACGCUUCUCCGUGGACUUAUGAAUUGGGCACCCCACUGGAGCAUUCAUUGUACCGCCGCCGAGGCAACAGAGGAAGUACCCGUUCGCACAGGCGCAGUCUCAUCGGCAAAAGAUGAUUUGCGGUUCCUGACGGCCGGCCCCGACUCUGUGACAGCACACCUGGAGCUUUCGCUCAAGCUCCAGGUGCCAGUGGCUGUCAUCAUCACCAAACUGGACCUUGCUUCCAAGAUUGGAUUGCAGAAGACGCUGACAAAGGUGCUUACCACUAUCAAGGAGGCGGGGCGUAUUCCUAAGAUCAUGCACCCGGACUUGAAGCAGCACUAUCAGCAGGGACAUGUUCCACCAGAGGAUUAUGAAAAAGUCCAGGCUUUUGUCAAUGAUGUGGUAGAAAGCGGCAGCCUGACCUCACAUGUGCCCAUUGCGCUGACAAGUACAGUCACCGGCAUCGGCAUCGGGCUCGUUCAUGCUCUGUUCGAAAGUUUGCCAUUGAACACUGCCGCAGCGACCUGGCGCAAUGCCAGGAUGACACCGCAUCCGGAGCAGCCGAAAUCUCUGUUCCAUGUUGAUGAUACUUUCCAGCUUCCUAGCACAUGCCGCGAUCUGGCUUCCGCCGCAUUUCCAGCAUCAGCCCAAGGUGUCAUAGUAACUGGUUAUGUCUGCGUUGGCAGCCUCUCGGUCGGAGAUGAGAUCAUGAUUGGGCCGUUUCACUCAGAAGUUGAGGAGUCACGAGAAGUCGUACCGGCCAUUGCCGAGGAUCACCGACGGCCCGGUUGCUACGGAUCUUCAGCAUCACAUACUGUUACAGCUGAGCUGCCUAGUCCCUGCAUGAAAAGUGGUGGCGCUUUUGCAUUAUCAAAAUCGGGUGAAUGGCAGCAGGCCUGGAUUGUGAGCAUUCGGAAUCUCCGCUUGCCGGUGCGGAUUCUCGAAGCUGGACAAGCUGGGUCCGUUGGAAUUACAUUUGGAGCGAGUGUUGAGAACAGUGGUGGUAUUGAAGAUAAGCCUCGAAUACGCCGAGGAAUGGUUCUGGCAAUUCCUGCCAAGUUCAUGCUCGACAAGGGACUCGAUCUGCAGGCCGCUAGUCGAUUCACCGCAACCUUUGCGGACCCAAGGACCCUGACUUUGGCUGUUGGGUCAUCAAUCAACGUGUACGUCGCCAGUGUACGGGCAGUCGGGCGAAUCCUGCAUGUGUCCAGUCAUCUUCAUUGCGACAAGGUCGCAAAAACAGCUAGUGCCGGUAUUGGCAACGUCUUUGAUCCAAUUGAAAUCGCACGGCACUCUCAAUUUGGCGAUUCAGAUGACAAAGGGACGGCCUGUUUGAUAUCCAUUGAGCUACUUCACACUCGGGAAUGGGUUGAGGUGGGCUCCAAAGUCGUGUUGAUGUUGGAAGGUGGACCUCCAGCUGGACCUGGACUCGACGUAUAUGUUGGGAAGGUGGUUGAGAUUUCGGGCUAG